AUGACAAAACCCGCGGCGGAUCAUGAGAUCCAUACCGAGGUGAAGGCAGCCGAGCCCUAUCUCCACGACCCAGUCGCGGCAGCGCAGGACCCCAGCCACGCAGAGCCGCGGGACGUUGAAGGUGCCGAGAAGGAAUAUCUCGAGAUCGCCACCCAUGGAAGAACCGUGAGCCGCCGUGGAUCGGGCGACGGACGCAACCAGGGACACGAUGAGAAGAGGCUGGCAGUUGACCGAACAAAAAGCCAUGCUACGGAUGCCAGUGCCUUCUCGAGGACAGACUCCCAUGUCGACGCGCCGCCGCAGAAGAAGGAAGAGCCAUGGCACAAGAGACUAAAUCCCCUGAAAUGGGGAAAGGUGCCACCGAUUCCAGAAAAGCGCGAGGUGUCGAGGGAAUACAGUGCGUCGUUCCUCAGUCUCGUAUAUUUUCAAUGGGUGGCACCCAUCAUGUCUACCGGAUACAAGAGACCGUUGGAGCACAACGAUAUCUGGACGGUCAACCCGAAUCGAUCGGCAGAAGCCAUGACCGUGAAGCUGCAGGCCUCUUUCCGGAUGAGGGUGGCGAGGGGCGACAAACACCCUCUGCUAUGGGCCCUGUACGAGACUUUCCAAGUCGAGUUUUGCUUCGGAGGCAUGUGUCAGUUCAUAUCGAACAUCCUCCAAGUCGUAUCCCCAUUUACACUGCGCUAUCUCAUCCAAUUUGCCACCGACGCAUAUGCUGCGCAGCAAAGGGACGAGCCUGCGCCACACAUUGGGAAAGGUCUGGGCUUGGUCUUUGGAAUCACGGCCAUGCAGAUGAUCCAGAGCUUGGGCACGAAUCAUUUCAUCUACAGGGGUAUGAUGGUUGGUGGCCAGGCGAGAGGGGUGCUCAUCUCGGUGAUUUUCGAAAAGGCCAUGAGUAUAUCCGGACGAGCAAAAGCUGGAGGCCAAGAAGCGAAGCCCGGCCCAGAAGUCGGCAGGGAGCAAACUGACCCGACCCAGGAGACCGUGGCACCGAAGGCCAGCGACCACGUGCAGAAGACAGGACCGCAAACCGCGGCCGAGAUGGCUCCAGGAGUUGCCGGUGACGGGACGGGGUGGGCCAACGGGCGAGUUGUAAAUCUGAUGUCUGUCGAUACAUAUCGUAUUGACCAAGCAUCAGGCCUGUUCCAUAUGAUCUGGACGGCCCCCAUUGCAUGUAUCAUCACCUUAGUGCUGCUCAUCGUCAACUUGACUUACAGUGCUCUGGCCGGAUUCUCGUUACUAGUCAUUGGCAUGCCACUUUUGACAAGAGCUGUCCAAAGUCUGUUCGCCCGACGAAAGCUUAUCAACAAGGUUACGGAUCAGAGAGUGAGUCUCACUCAAGAAAUCCUACAAUCCGUUCGAUUCGUGAAGUUCUUCGGCUGGGAAAGUGCCUUUUUAGGACGACUCCAGGACAUCCGAAACCGAGAGGUGCGCAUGAUCCAGGCGCUGCUUGCCGUCAGGAACGCCCUCAAUGCGGUGUCCAUGUCACUACCCGUCUUUGCAUCGAUGCUCGCAUUCAUCACUUACUCUCUCACGAACCACGGUCUGGCACCGGCCUACAUCUUCUCAUCUCUCGCUCUGUUCAACUCACUUCGCAUGCCCUUGAACAUCUUACCACUCGUGAUUGGGCAGGUCACCGAUGCUUGGUCUUCCAUCAUCCGUAUUCAAGAGUAUCUUCUCAGUGAAGACCAGGAUGACGAGGCAGGAUUCGACUUGGGAUCCGCCAAUGCGGUCGAGAUGAGGGCCGCUGACUUUACAUGGGAGCGCACGGCAACACAAGAUCCGGACCAUGCAGUCCCGGCGGGCAAGAGCAGAGCGGCCAUGAAAGAGGAAAAGAGGGCGCAGAAGGCGGCAGACAAGGCCGAGAAAGUAGCCGCCAAGCUCGCCGCAUCGAGUCUUGACGAGAUGCCCGGCGUGACAAUGCCUGACGAUACGAGUACGCUUAUCGAAGAUCGCGAGCCAUUCAAGCUGCAUAACAUGAACUUCACCAUUGGCCGUAACGAAUUGGUUGCCGUCAUUGGCGGCGUGGGCAGUGGAAAGAGUUCGCUGCUGGCUGCUCUGGCAGGUGACAUGAGGCAGAGCAACCGGGGCAAAGGCGAAAUGGUCAUUGGUGCUAGCCGAGCAUUCUGCCCUCAGUACGCAUGGAUCCAGAAUGCGACUGUCCGAGAGAACAUACUGUUUGGCAAAGAGAUGGAUAGGGAUUGGUAUGGAAGGGUCAUUGAAGCUUGCGCGUUGGAGCCGGAUCUGGACAUGCUUCCUCAAGGUGACCGAACGGAGAUCGGCGAGCGGGGUAUUACCGUCUCUGGGGGGCAGAAACAGCGCCUGAAUAUCGCGCGAGCGAUCUACUUCGAUGCCGACUUGAUCCUCAUGGACGAUCCGCUAUCAGCCGUCGAUGCCCACGUCGGUCGUCACAUCUUUGACCAUGCGAUCAUGGGGCUUUUGAAAGACAAGGCGAGAAUUCUGGCAACGCAUCAGCUCUGGGUUCUCAACCGUUGCGACAGGAUUAUCUGGAUGGAAGACGGCACGAUACAGGCUGUCGAUACUUUCAGCAACCUCAUGAGAGACCAUGCUGGGUUCCGAACUCUGAUGGAAACCACGGCGGUUGAAGCAGAGCCGGAAAUGGAGGAUAAUGUUAACGAAGACGAGAUUGAGGGCGAGAAGAAGACGCAGAAAAAGAAGCGGAAGGGCGCCACUCUGAUGCAAGCUGAGGAGAGAGCUGUCGAGAGUGUUCCGUGGUCCGUUUACAUCGAUUACAUUCGUGCUGGUAACUGGAUAUAUGCCCCUUUGGUAUUCAUCUUUUUACUGGCUUCGCAAGGAGCGAAUAUUGCCACCAGUCUCUGGCUUUCCUGGUGGACGAGUGACAAAUUCGGCUACUCGAAAGGAGUCUACAUUGGGGCUUACGCUGCGCUUGGUUUCUCACAAGCCCUGAUGAUGUUUUUGUUCUCCAUCUUCCUCACAUUCCUGAGCACCAACGCCAGUAAGACGAUGCUGAACAGAGCCAUCACUCGCGCACUCCGAGCACCAAUGUCAUUCUUCGACACAACGCCGCUUGGACGGAUCACGAAUCGUUUCUCUCGAGAUGUCGAUGUCAUGGAUAACAACUUGUCUGACGCUAUGAGAAUGUAUCUCCUGACCAUGGCGAUGAUUCUGUCCGUGUUCGGACUAAUCAUUGCCUACUUCCACCACUUCGCUAUCGCUCUUGGACCACUAUUUAUCCUGUUCAUCUUCUCCGCUGGCUACUAUCGAUCAUCGGCUCGGGAGAUGAAACGAUUCGAGUCGGUAUUCAGGUCCAACGUCUUCGCCAAAUUUAGCGAAGGUCUCUCUGGUACCGCUUGCAUCCGGGCAUACGGGCUGAAAGACCGGUUCAUCGUCGAUCUCCGAAAGGCUAUCGACGAGAUGAAUAGUGCCUACUACCUCACCUUCGCGAACCAGCGCUGGCUCUCUACGAGAUUGGAUGUCAUUGGCAACUUGCUGGUCUUUGUCACCGGGCUCUUGGUGGUCACAUCCCGCUUCAACGUCUCGCCGUCCAUCGCUGGUCUGGUUCUCAGUUACAUCUUGUCGAUUGUGCAGAUGAUUCAGUUUACGGUCAGGCAGUUGGCAGAGGUGGAGAACGGCAUGAAUGCAACAGAGCGGCUCCAUUACUACGGCACCCGGCUUGAAGAAGAAGCUCCCCCACACACAGUUGAGGUGCGAAAGUCCUGGCCCGAAGCAGGCGAGAUCAUAUUCAGCAACGUGCAAAUGCGCUACCGUGAGAACCUGCCUCUCGUGCUCCGAGGCCUCACCAUGCACGUCCGAGGCGGCGAGAGAAUCGGAGUCGUCGGCCGCACCGGCGCAGGUAAAUCCAGCAUCAUGUCUACCCUCUUCCGUCUCGUCGAACUGUCCGGGGGCUCCAUCACCAUCGAUGGCUUGGACAUUGGCACGAUCGGUCUGCAGGACCUGCGAUCUCGACUGGCUAUCAUCCCGCAAGACCCGACGCUCUUCAAAGGCACGAUCCGAAGCAAUCUCGACCCGUUUAACGAGCACACCGACCUCGAACUGUGGUCUGCACUGCGCCAAUCGGAUCUCAUCUCCGAGCAAGCCAGUUUGGACGAUAGAUCGCCCGGCCGCAUCCACCUCGACGGUAUCGUCGAAGACGAGGGUCUCAACUUCUCGCUGGGCCAGCGCCAGCUCAUGGCUCUUGCCCGCGCCCUCGUCCGCGGCUCCCAGAUCAUUGUUUGCGAUGAAGCCACUAGUAGCGUCGAUCAAGAAACAGACGAGAAGAUCCAGCGAACCAUCGCUACGGGAUUCCGAGGCAAGACGCUGCUGUGCAUCGCGCACCGACUGAAGACGAUCAUCAACUAUGACCGCAUCUGCGUGAUGGAUCAGGGGAGGAUCGCGGAGCUGGAUAGUCCAUAUGCAUUAUAUGCGCAAGGGGGCAUCUUCAGGGGCAUGUGUGACAGGAGUGGGAUCCGCAAGGAGGAUUUCACAGGCUGGAAGCCGGAAUGA